AUGGCUGAAAGGAAAGUUUUGAAUAAAUAUAUCCCUCCGGAUUUUGAUCCGGAUAAGUUAAUGGAAAGUAAGAAAUUGUUGAAAAAAAUAGAAAAGAGAAAGAAUAGGAACAAGAAUAAGACUAAAAAGAAAUUAAUGAAUAUAAGAAUGAUGUAUCCAUUUACUUUGAAAUGUAAUAAAUGUAAAACGUUUACGUACGUUGGUACAAAAUUUAAUUCAAGAGUUGAAAAAUUAAAAGAUGAAACUUAUUUGAAUAUACCAAUAUGGAAAUUUUAUGGGAAAUGUCAAGAAUGUAAAAAUGAAAUUAUAUUUAAAACAGAUCCUAAAAAUGGUGAUUAUUUAUUAAUAGCUGGAGGUACAAGAACUUAUGAUGCACAUAAAGAACAAGAAUUAGCAGAUGAUUAUUAUAGAAAUAGUAAUGUUAAAGAUGAAGAUAAAAUUAAAAAUACAGAAAAACAAUCAUAUAAUGCAAUGUUAGAAUUAAAAAUGAAUGAACAAUUAGAAGAAUUACAAAAUAUGAAUAAAAGACAUUUAGAUAAAUUUAAUAGUAUAAAUAAAGCUUUAAAUCGUUUAUAUGAAAAAAGUGAAUUAGAAAAUAAAGAAAAUAAUUUCUUUAUGAAUAAUCUAGACUCAGAGGAUGAAAAGGCAUUUUUUAGUUUACUUAAUAAAAAUAGAUCGUCUACAGAUCAUGUAGGGGAUAAUUUGAACAAAUAUAAUCAAUCAAAUAAUAAAUGGAUAAAUAAGAAUAUGGAAAAGGAUAAUAUUAUAAUAGAAGAAGUAGAACUUGAUGAUAAUAAAAGUAACCAGGAAGAAGAAAAUGAAUAUAUAAGUGGAGGUGAAGGUGAGGAUAAGGAUGAGAGUGAACAUUAUCAUUCAGAUGGAGAUAAUACCAAUAAAGUUAAUGGAUCAUUUUCAGAUUUAUUAUUAAAAAAGAAAAAAUAUAUAUAUGAAAAAGAAAGUACAGUAAAAAUUAAAGGAACAAAUAUUGAUAUUGAAGGUAAACUCAAAGGUAAUCAACAAGACAAAACAGAUAAUAACUCUUUAAAAAAUACCAUUAGUAAUAAUAGUUCAUCAUUUUCAAAUAUAAUUCAAAAACCAAUGUUUAAUAAAAUAAAGAAAGAAACAAAUUUUAAUUUUGUAAUAAAGAAAAAAGAAAAUGUUCAAAGCCUUUUGAGUGAAUAUAAUUCAGAUAAUUCCAAUGAAUCAGAUAAUUAA